AUGCCAAAUUUUACUUCCAUUUUAAUUUUUGGUGAUUCCACAAUGGAUACAGGAAAUAAUAACUAUAUACUCACUUUAGUCAAAGCAAAUCACUUACCCUAUGGCAAAGAUUAUCCUAACAAUAUCCCAACAGGAAGAUUUUCAAAUGGAAAACUUGUUCCAGACAUGUUAGCUUUCUUACUAAAUCUCAAACAAAAUGGUGUUCCACCAUAUUUACAGCCAAAUUUAUCAACAAAUGAAUUAUGUACUGGAAUUAAUUUUGCAUCAGCUGGUUCAGGAUAUGAUGAAUUAACUAGUACUAUUACUAGUACAAUUCCAAUAAGUAAACAGUUAGAAUAUUUUGAGGAAUAUUUGGAGAAAAUUAAAGGGGUUGUAGGAGAGACAAAAGCUGAAAAAAUAGUGAAAGGUGCUUUGGUUAUUAUUAGUUGUGGAACUAAUGACUUAGUUUUUAAUUUCUAUGAUAUACCCACAAGAAGACUUCAGUUCAGUACUGUAAGUAAAUAUCAAGAUUUUUUGCUAGAAAAGCUGCAAAGUUUUGUCAAGGAACUUUAUGAUCUUGGAUGCCGUAUGAUUGUACUGAAUGGACUGCCUCCAAUUGGUUGUCUUCCAGUUCAAAUGACUACAAAAUCUCCACUUCUUAGAACUUGCAUAGAAAAUGAGAAUUCUGAUGCUCAACUUUACAAUCAAAAGCUUAAGGAAUUGUUACCUCAAUUGCAAGCACAACUCCCAGGAAGCACAAUAUUAUAUGCAGACACAUACAAUCCCCUAUUAGACCUUAUUAACAAUCCACAACAAUAUG